GAGAGUAUCGAUAGGCCUAAUCGUUAAGGCCGGCGGUAAAAUCGAGCCGUUGGCGAGACUUUAUUGUACCCGGUCCUGUAAUUUGUAUACCGAGAUAAAGCGUAUGAAUACAAGGAGCAUGCCUGCAUCCGUCAGUCAGUCUGAAGAGCGCAUCGCAGUUAGUACGUACUCUUUAGCAAUCUCUCCGAGUUUUCUCUGUUUCAAUAAAUUCAACGUGCACAAGUCCAGCAAAUACCAUGGCCACGACGAAAGAAGAACGCAAACGUAUACCGAGCCUAGGUGGCAAAAGUCAGCAGCGCACGAAGAAGCUGUUCCGUGCACUCGAAGAGGGCACCGUCGCCACGAUCAACCUGCUGUUCAAGGAGGGCGGCCUGCGGAUCAACGCUCGCACAUCAACCGGGCUAACCCUUCUGCAUGUAGCAGUUCUUUACGGACGCUGCAACAUGGUCAUCAGGCGUCUCGUUCGAGCAGGGUGUCCCAUCAAUUCCGCCGACCCUACAGGUGACACAGCUCUACACCUGGCCGUGAGAUACCGUCGGGCCCACAUCGCCGUUGAGCUGAUAAGGCUCGGCGCCAACGUUCGCGCCAGGAACAACCGCGAAGAAACUCCGCUUCGACUCGCCGUGACCAAAAAAAGCCAGGACCUUUUAGAUACGAUACCCAAUGGGGACAGACUUGGCGAGACUGACUUCGACGGCCUCGAAUCUCUUCUUCUGGCCACUGCAUCAGCGGAGUUGAAGCCGCGUUACUCGGUUCCGGCGCUCGUCGGCAGCUACGAGGACGAGACGAGCUACGACGAGAAGUUGCGCGAACUCGUGAAGGUGAUGCUGGAUGCUGGCGCGGACGUGAACGGCACCGACGUCAACGGCUGCUCGCCGAUCCAGUGCGCCGUCUACUCGGGUGACGUCGAGCUCGUGGAAGCUCUCAUCGACGCUGGCGCCCGCUUGGACAAUCAGAACUCCAUCGGCGCCACGGCCCUGCACGACGCGGUCGUGUGCGGUAACGAGGAGUUGGUACACUUGCUGCUCAGACGCGGGGCAAAUGCCGACGUGAAAACUUCAGGUUCGAACCAGACGGCCCUGCACUGGGCCUUAGAGUCUAACGUGGAGAAGAGCCAGAAAGGAAUCAUAAGAUGGCUAUUAGAAUUUCAAAGCGGUCUUGACCACGCGGACGCCAUUCCCAAGACGCCCUUCCAACUGUUCCUGGAGCUUGGUGACGUCGAGCUGGUGACUCUCCUUGUCGACGAGUACAAAGCGGACCUCAACAGGCUGGGAGCGAACGGAGGUAACGCUCUGACAUCGGCGGCCGAAAACCAGGAAGAACGAGUGCUGGAACUGCUGCUGCAGAGGAACGCCGGGCUCGACGUCAACCACAAAGACGCAGAGCACAUGACACCGCUGCAUUACGCGAGCGGGAUGUCAUUGCUGGGGAACGUUCGCCAGCUAAUCUCCAGAGGUGCCGAUGUCAACGCUAAGGACGUCUUCGACCGAACGCCACUGUUUCACUGCAUUCGCAAGCUGGUGAUGCCAUUCUCGGCUAUCGAGCGAGACAAUUAUAGAGAUGAAAGGAUUCAAGUUUUAAGACUACUGUUGGAGUGUGGAGCCGACGUGAACAAUCUCGCCGGUACGGAGUUGGAUGAUAAGAAGACGAUUCUUGAACUCGCGAUCCAGCUGAGACAUAUCGACAUGGCGUGGGAGGUGAUCAUCGAGCACGCUGCGGAGCUCGAGGCAAGGACGAGCAAAGCACUGUUCGACGAGCGCAACCUGCAAGCGAUCGAGAGUAAUGCAGAGGUCCAUAGCUAUUACCGGGAGUGCCGAGCUGAACUGGCGAACAUGAAGAGGACCAAAAUCGAGGGCAGCUUCGUCUCGUAUUUUUCAGUGCUUACGCAGCCGCUCGACGUGCUGGCAAACUACGCCAGGAACGAUGAGCUUGUCGAGAACUUUCAGUCCUACCUGGAGGAGAGCGACGCUUACCCGAUUUACGCGCCGAAGCUGAACGAGAAAUUCGACGCGGCUAUCGCCAGGCAGGAAACCAUCGGACGAACCCUUGAACUAUUGGCCGAGACGCUGCCGUUCGCUUCAUUAAAUGCUCCAAACGCAAUUUUGGAGAAUAUAAUGAAGUUCCUAAAUGAAGAUAAUAUUAAAAUGCUCAGCGAAUGAAUACGUAUAUAUAUAUAUAUAUAAGCCAAGUUGUCAAAUAUUUUUCUAAAUAAAAUAAGUAAUAAGAUACAAUUUUUGUGUUUGAUUCUUUA